CUUUUUUACGGGCAAAGUCAUCCGAUUGUGAUAUCAUAUUGGUUAUCUAAUUUUAAAUUUAUUAUAAUAUUUAGUAUGUUAAUUUGAAAAGUAUAUGAAAUAAAAAUAAUUAUUAAUAAUAUAAAAUCAUAUGGAGCAUAUACUACGAGGAAAAUUUGGCAAUUAUCUUUUAAAAUAUGGUUCCCAAAGGCGUUAUCAAAGGGAAAUAAGUACUAUGUGGUGCGGAAGGGCUCUUGAUAGAUCUAAACCGCUCUUAAAACAACAAUUUUUGUAUCAAAAAAGAGAAUAUGGUAUGAUGAUUGUUAGAGCACUAAGAGGCGUCUUAAAAAUUAGAUAUUUAUUACUCGGAGGCGCCGUAGCUGGAGGGGGUGCUUUACAAAAGAAAUAUAAUGAUUGGAAAGAUGGUUUACCGAAUAUGAAAUGGUUAAAUGAUGUCCUACCAGAUAACGAUAAAUGGCAAAAGUGGAGGACGAAUUUAGUCGAUUUCAAAGAUAAUAUAAAGAAUAGUAUAGAGCUCGAUCCGAGGAUUAAAUCGUUGAGCGAAAACAAGUACAAUGAGUUCAAAUCUUGGUUCGAUCAAAGAUUAGACGAUGCUAUAGCGGCCGCCGAGGCUCAAGAAGCCACGCAAAAAGAAGGUGCGGUUCCCGUGCUUUUAUACAGACUGUACUCAGAUUUGAAAAAGGGGGUGUCGGAAGCGAGCGUCGUUCACGCAGCGAAUCCGUUUUCGUCUGACGAAAAAUUGCGCAAAGAGGCGCAAGAAAGGUUGAAUAAUAUACAGGAGGAGAUGAUGCAGACGCAGAUCAAGUACCAGAGGGAGUUGGAGAGGUUGGAGAAGGAGAAUAAGGAGUUGAGGAAGCAGAAUAUUCUGUUGAAGCAGGGUAAAAAACCGAGCGUGAGGAAAAUUAAGAGGAGUCUUAUUGAUAUGUAUAGCGAAGUGUUGGAUGAGUUAGCCGAUUUCGAUAGCGGUUAUAAUACGCAGGAUCAGUUACCGCGCGUUGUUGUCGUCGGCGAUCAGAGUAGCGGGAAGACGUCGGUUUUGGAAAUGAUUGCGCAGGCGCGUAUUUUUCCAAGGGGGGCCGGGGAAAUGAUGACGAGGGCGCCCGUAAAAGUGACAUUAUCGGAAGGCCCUUACCACAUAGCCCAAUUUCGAGAUUCCACUAGGGAAUUCGACCUGACCAAAGAAUCCGAUUUAGCGGAUUUGCGUCGAGAAGUCGAACUUAGGAUGAGAAAUAGCGUCAAAGGAGGAAAGACCGUCUCGUCCGAAGUUAUUUCUAUGACGGUUAAAGGUCCCGGUUUACAAAGGAUGGUCCUAGUAGACUUACCCGGUAUAAUAUCUACCCAAACAACCGAUAUGGCCGCCGAUACGAGGGAAAGUAUCAGACAGAUGACCCAGGCUUAUAUGAACAACCCCAACGCCAUAAUUUUGUGUAUACAGGACGGGGCAGUUGACGCGGAAAGGAGUAACGUCACCGAUCUCGUGGCGACUUGCGAUCCUCAAGGUAAAAGGACCAUCUUCGUGUUGACCAAAGUCGAUAUGGCGGAAGAAAAUUUAGCGGAUCCGAAUCGGAUUCGAAAAAUCCUUUCCGGAAAAUUAUUCCCGAUGAAGGCCCUGGGAUAUUUCGCCGUCGUGACCGGUCGCGGUAGAAAAGACGAUUCCAUUCAAACAAUAAAAGAUUACGAAGAAAAUUUCUUCAGAGGCUCCAAGCUAUUUAAAGACGGCGUUGUCAAAUCUACGCAGGUCACCACUCGUAACCUCAGUCUCGCCGUUGCCGAUUGUUUUUGGAAAAUGGUCAAAGAGACCGUGGAACAGCAAGCGGACGCGUUCAAAGCUAGGCGAUUCAACUUGGAGACCGAAUGGAAAAAUAAUUUUCCAAGGAUACGCGAACAGGACAGGGACGAGUUAUUCGAAAGGGCCAGGACGGAAAUUUUGGACGAAAUCGUCAAUUUAUCCCAAGUUAGUCCCAAACAUUGGGAGGAUACUUUGUUGCAGAACAUCUGGGAGAGGGUUUCGUCACAUGUUUUUGAAAAUAUUUAUAUUCCAGCGGCGCAGACUGGGUCGGCAGAAACGUUCAAUACCGCGGUGGAUAUAAAAUUGAAGCAAUGGACGGAUACGGCUCUGCCGGUGCAAUCGGUCCGAUCCGGUUGGGAAACGUUGAAAUCCGAAUUCGAACGUUUCCUGCAAAAAGCGGCCGAAGCGCCGGAUCACGACGACAUCUUCGAUCAAUUGAAACAAGCCGUCGUUAACGAAGCGAUGGUUAGACACACGUGGGAAAACAAAGCCGCCGAAAUGCUUAGGGUGAUUCAAUUAAAUGCCUUGGAAGAUAGGACGAUAGGGGAUAAACGGGAUUGGGACCAGGCGGUUAAAUUCCUCGAAAGUAGCGUCAAGGAAAAGCUGAACGAAAGCGAAACUAACCUUAAAAAACUGUUGGGACCUUCGGCGAAAGAGAGAUGGGUGUAUUGGAAGUACCGAACCGAGGUGGAAGGGAAAAGGGGGACCGUCAAAAACGAAUUAGACAAAAUUUUGUAUUCGAACGAGAAACACUCGCCGAUUUUGAGUUACGACGAAUUAACGACCGUAAGGAACAAUUUGAAGCGAUCUAACGUCGAGGUCGAUAACGAAUUUAUAAGGGAAGUUUGGGAGGCGGUUUAUCGGCGGCAUUUUCUUCAGAAAUCGUUAACGAAAGCUUACGAUUGUCGGAAAGCGUUUUUCUUAUAUCACCAACAAGCCGGCGACGUCGAUUGUUCGGACGUGGUGCUCUUCCAUAGGAUACAACAAAUGAUGAAAGUCACUUCGAACGCUUUGAGGCAACAAAUAACGAAUAGAGAAGCUCGUAGAUUAGAUAAGGAAAUAAAAGAAGUUUUGGAGGAUUAUAGUCAAGAUAACGAAAAGAAAAUUCAGUUAUUAACGGGUAGGAGGGUGACUUUAGCCGAAGAAUUGAAACGAGUUAGACAAAUUCAGGAACGUUUAGAGGAAUUUAUACAAGCUUUAAAUAAAGAAAAAUAAUUAUUAAUUUAUAUUUAAGACAUAAAUACACUUGAAUUGUUCAA